AUGAUGGAGUUUUUAGCCUAUGAGGAUGGAACGCUUCGUGACGAGCGCUACAGAAAUGUGGAUGCGGCUGAGGAGACUUUAGUUAAGCCCAAAAAGGCCUACCAUUGCGAGUCGAAAAGAGCUGCCUCAAGUUUGCAAAGUAUUGAGGAUGUCGCACAGCAUGAUGGAUUUUUGGGAUUUAUUCCAAGCCCCAAAACUGUUUAUUUUGAAAACUUUUCUGUAGGCACAACAUACACAAUGACGGUUUUACUGACAAACUGUGCAAAUCGAUCUAUAAGCUUUCGAGUUUUGCCAAUAUCCAUAAAAUAUAGGGAUUUAUUAUACAUUGAAUAUGUACCACCACCAAAAAUCUCAACAGGAUUAUCAUGGAAAGUGCAGGUGAAAUUUACUCCCGAAGAAAAUGUAGAUUUGGAAACAGCGAUUGGUUUUCGAACAGAGGAUGGAAUUUUCUUUGUCCCUGUAAAAGCUUUUCGCAAACGAUCUUGUGUUUCAGUUGUUCCAGAAUGUCUUGAUUUUGGCGUUGUUACCUUUGGCGAAAAAUCGACAAAGGUAUUAACUUUGCGGAAUGAUGGCGCACUUGCUGCCAAGGUUUUUAUUUCCGGGUCUCUCAGAAAAUGGACGGAGGUGUUUCACAAGGACCUUCAAAAUGGUAUUGAUACUCCUGUUCUUAGUAUUACGCCUGUGGCAUAUCAGUUGUUGGUGAAUCCGUUUUCGACGUGUCGUCUAGAGCUGACAUUUUCUCCAAACGAAGAAAUUAGAAUGGAUGAGGAAAUUGAACUUCGAUACGAUUCAGAAGGCACAACACAUAUUAAAAGUGUUUCUGUAAAGGGUUCUGGAGGUUCACUUCCCGUUUAUAUUUCUUCGGCAUCUGAAAUAGAUUUCAGGUGGUGUUUUUACGAAAACACAUAUUGUGAAAAGAUUUUGAUAACGAAUGCCACAAAUGUGUCGGUAACUGUGGUUCCUGAAAUUUCACCUUCAUUGCUGUCCUCUGUGUUUUUUUCGCCGGAAAACGCAUGUGUUCAAGCAAAUGACACAUUUGAGCUUUAUAUAUUAUUUAAACCUUCUCGAGGUUUGAAUUCUCAUGUUUUUUCUGUUAUUAAAAUGACAGUGUCAGGGCAAGCAUCACCCAUAUCAGUCGCAUUGAAGGCUCAGCUUACUGAGCGAGGAUUUACUUUGGAGCCAAACAAACUGAACUACGGCACUUCGGGUAUGAAAGAGGAAAUUAUUCUUCCUUUAAAAAUAAGGAACCUAUCGGAUUUGCCUCAAACUUUAGGUUUCUUAAAACUUCCUGAAAACGUACAUAUAAAACCUUUUCAAACAUUAACGCUAUUACCGAAAGAAUUGUUUGAGCUUAAGGUUGGAGUUUUACCGCCUACAUUGGGACACUACACACAGGUUAUAAAAAUGACCAAUGAAUAUGGAGACUCUCGUAGUGUACAACUUACUGGAUGUGGUCGUAAAAAUGGUAUGCGAUUUUUAAGGCCCUGUCUUAGCCUUCCAGCGUGUCCACUAGGUGCCGAAAUGAAUUGUACAACAGUAUUGGAAAACACUGGAUCAACCCCUCAAAGCUUUCGUUUGAGUUUGCCAAAUGAUAUCUUGAGAGUCUCUCCUUCAUCAGGGGUUCUUUCUCCUGGGAAGAGCAUUUCAAUUGUUGUGUUAUUUAGGCCACCAGAGCCUCAACCUGCACCUGUGGUUGUUGAAGAAAAUAUUUCUCGUCCAAGUGGUAAGAGUUCAUCGAAAAAGCGUAAAGAACGAGAUAAUCCAAAUGCAGUUACAGGCGUUCGGGAUCAAGAUCCGGCCUCCGUAGAUGCACUUUACAAGGAUUGGGAGAGUAAUUCAGUAGGUGAAGAAUGGAGUAGGCAUUCUACUUUUUUUGUGAAAUGUACAAGCAACACGGAUCGAGAAAAGUUUUUGAUCUUGCUUCAAGUAAAUUGUACGGUGGUGAAACCAAAAUUGGUUGCAAGAUACCUUUCACGCGUUGUACCAAAAAUGGUGGUGCGAAAAGAGUUACCAAAGCGAAAUUCAAAAAAGUCUCCUCCUUUGAGAAAUAUCAUAGAAGAAACACCUCUUGUUGAGACCUCUGUGAUUGGUACACAGCUUGAUAUUGAGUUUGGCGAAGUACCGCUGAAGCAAAUAAGUGAAAAAACUUGUGUUUUGCAAUACAAUGGCGAGAGCUUUAUCAAUUUGCACGUGCGACCGAUUGACACAUUAUCUCCAUUUAGAAUAGCAAAAUUGCCACCCGUGAAAUUAUCUCAAGACGAGGAAUGUACUAUGAGUAUUAGAUUUAUUCCUACCGAGUACGGUAAUUUCAGGGACAUCAUGACUAUUGCAUCUACUGCUGCGAACGAUAUUACACUUGUUUUAUCUGGUAUUUGUAGACCUGCCGAUUUGUUAAUAGCCAGAGAAAGUAAUAUUGCAGGAGACCGUCCUCAGUCUAUUGAGCAGUUUUUGUUUGAUACUGUGCUUGUUGGACAAGAAAGUAGUCACUCAUUGUAUGUUCAUAACUUGGCUUCGUUACCUGUUAAUGUAACUGCCAAACUUUUAUCUCCCGCGGGUGAGGAACCGAAGUGGCCAGAGGCGUAUUCUUUUAUUAUUGAAUCGGAUCAGUUUACUAUUCCUGCUAAUUGUAAAGUAAGUACGAGGCUUAUUUUUUGUCCUCGAGUAGUGGGAAACUUGUGCGUCUGUCUUCAUCUAAGCGCAGGUGCGUAUCACCACACAAUUCUUCUUCAAGGAAGAGCCUCAGCAAAAUCCGUCUUUUUUACAUUUCCAGAGCAAAUUACUCAAUUGACAGAACCUUCUUCUCUCUUGUGCACUGGUUUACAGUCGGACGUGUUCCCCGUAGAAGGCCCUUCUGCCGCUUAUCCCAUUCAGGUUCUCUGCGCCCCAGAAGAAACAAAGACCAUAAUAGUUGGAGGUGUCAAACAAGGUGCAAAUUUUGAAUGUACUGUUACCGGUUGGAGCGAUUCAUACCUUGAAAAUGGUUGGAAGUUAGAUCCUAUGAAGGUUACUGUUCCAUCAGGUGGUCAGGUUGUAUUUUCAUUGACUUACAAUCCAAAACGGGAACUCGGCGAUGUUUCCUUCUGUACCUUUUCCCUUAUCACCAAAUCUUCUGAGGCUCUGGCUGAAACCCAGUGCCACGUUCGAUGUACAGGAACAAUGAAGUUGUGA